UUGGGUAAAUUGCUAACUGAUUGCUGAGUGUCAGGAGCUGGGCUGCAAACCCAGGCCUGGCAAAUUUCAAAGCCCUUGUUGGCCUGGGCUAGCUGUUCCAGGCCGGCAACUCCAUUCCCCGUCGUCACUGCCUACCACCCCUCGGGAAAUGCUUUCUGCUGUCACUUUCGAGAUGCAACUUGGCUGUGAAAAGGAGGCAACUUGCAGAUCUCAAUUUGCAACUUUUUUGUUGUUGCAGGAGGAGAAGUUAAACUUCUAGAGAAACCUAAUGGACAAUCUCCACAGCAGAUGGUAACAAAAAAUAAUCCAGAUGGGGUGCAGGUGCUGUAAAAUGAUACAAAGCUAUUUCUUUGAUCCAGUCCAAGUGUCCUCCCCUGGCUAUGUCAACGAAGUGAACAGCUUCAAGUCAGAUGAAGAUGACACUGUUAAAUUAAAAGGCAAGCAGAGCAACGAAGUCCUGGUGCAGAGAAAUGACCUUCAGAGUGAGGGCUUGAAGAGGACCGCGAGCAGAAGCAGAGCGGCUGGUCCGCAGGAGCCCUGCUGGCCUCACCUGGGACUGCUCCCUCAGGAGGACACGGGAGGGGGACCCCGUGCCGAGAAGACUGGCAGUGCCAUCAAUGGCAUCGGCCUCGCCGCUGCUCUGCAGCCCACUGGGGAUCCUGGGCCCCACCAGGGUGACAGGGGCUCCUGGGCCAGUACCUCGAACAACAUUCACCCGACUCAACCCUUCCUUGAAGAAGAGGGCACCAGGGAACAGGACUGUGUGCUGCCAGCCUCAGAAGAGACCAGAGUCAUCCAAAACGGAGACUCCAGAGCUCCUUCCCAGGCAGAACACGGUGCCUUGGGAGUACAAGACCAUGUCCUCCAGCUACCAGCCCCGGAUUACCCUCAGCUUUGGGACUCAGCUGUAGACAACGUUGAUCAUGGAAAACACGAUUGUCUUUUCAAGAGCCAUACCACGGAGGAGCCCCUGGAGGGAAUUCACCCCAGCGGUGGGGAGCAUGGUUUGAAUACGCCCUUCUCCAGGAAGAGAAGCUGGGAUUCAUUAAACGAGGCCGUGGCAACAGAAGUUCUAAGUGUGUACUUUAAAGAAGAGGAUCCUGCUCAGGGCGUGCCUGUGGUUGAUUCGAGAAACGGGUGGGAGGAUGCCCAUGGCUCCACUGGAGACAGGAGUGGGGAGAUGGCAGACGAGGACGCGGCGGUGGCGGAAGCCCUGGCGGCUUUAGAAGCUGCGACUGCAGGAGAAGAUGAGGAUGAAGCGGAUUAGGGGAGGGGAUUUGUACAGGCAAAUAAGCUAGUGUCCUGUGGCCACGUGGAGUGUUGCUCCUUAGAUGCAGCGCUGAUACUCUGUAGCCUGCACUGGUGCAGUCGUAUGGUUGUUUACAUCCAGCCUCUGUUCGGAUGCUUGGGAGCGUCUGUGCCAUGCCACCUGUUAGAUAUGGAGAACAUCACUGUGUAGACGGGCUGUCACUCAGGACACCAGAAGAAAAGCCAGAGUGGGCCAUUGUGCCGGUGUCCACAGCACAUGCCGAAAUCAAACAGCCUGCUCACCAACCCGCAAAGCUCCCCCAGCGCACCUGUACCACCUGGAGAAUGUGCUGAAAUCCCAGCGCUUAAUCGCAAGGGCGCAGACUCACAGAACAUUCUGUUUGACUGUAAAUUCUUUAUUUUGCUUUUGAGAGCCAAACGUUGUGCCCAACCUGGAAAAGGUAACUACCCCCAUUUAAAGUGCCUAAUGUGUCCCACUAAGAGCAUGGCUUACCUUCAGGGACAGUCACCCAGGGAACUAAUAACUAACCACUUGUUUGACAGAGUGAAGCUCAGCGGCUUUCAGGGUGGAGCAGAAGCCACCAGUAAACAAAUGGUUAGUCAUUAGCUGUGACACUGACCCCUUGACCUUAACUGUUUUACAUUAUUACUUUUUAAUCUCCUCUGGGUUUGCGGAGGCCUGUCAAAAUAAUUCGUAAAACUGCUUGUGUCAUAUUUGGGUCUUAAGUUCAUGAGAUUUGGAACAGCAAAGCGAUAUGUGGAGUAUUUUAUGCCAUUUAAUGUCUGAUUCUGAUUAAAAUAUAACAGUAUA